CCGUUCCGUGCCAGAUCUUCAGUGUCCUCGUUUCGUUACCUUGCUCUAUGUGAAGAUUUUUGUCUAAUGAUCAUAGAACGUGUCGUCGAGAUGUUUAUGCAUGGAUACAAUUCUUAUAUGAAGUAUGCUUAUCCUGCAGACGAACUGAUGCCCUUGUCAUGUCGUGGACGGGUUCGCGGGGUUACCCCGAGCCGAGGAGACGUUGACGACAGUCUUGGAAAUUUCUCGCUCACUCUUGUGGAUACUUUGGAUACCUUGGUCGUUAUUGGUGCUCUUGAUGAGUUUGAAAGAGCUGUGAAACUGGUUGUGGAUAAUGUGCGCUUCGAUUCCGAUCUCAUAGUUUCAGUCUUUGAGACAAAUAUUCGAAUACUCGGAUUGCUUUCUGACAUAAAGAUUAUUUUAGCACAUCUUAUGGCUGAGCUGGUACGUUCGAAAGAUCCUUCGCGGUUGAAAUGGUACGACAGUGGGCAGUUACUUAUGAUGGCUGUGGAUAUCGGCAAUCGUUUGCUUCCUGCUUUUAACACGUCAUCCGGUCUUCCCUACAGCAGGAUUAACCUUUGUCACGGAAUGUUGGAUCAUCUGAAGCGACAAAAGGAUACUUGUACUGCUUGCAGUGGCACAAUGUUGUUAGAAAUGGCUGCCCUUUCCAGAUUAACGGGAAAUAGCAUAUAUGAGGAGAAAGCUAGAAAAGCUAUGGACUUCUUAUGGAGGCAACGACAUCGUGCAUCAGAUUUGAUGGGAACGGUAUUAAAUGUUCAUUCAGGCGAUUGGGUUCGAAGAGAAAGUGGAAUUGGUGCUGGAAUCGACUCCUAUUAUGAAUAUUGCCUUAAGGCGUACAUUCUUCUAGGUGACAAAAGCUUUUUGGAACGAUUCGAUAGGCAUUACGAGGCGGUGAUGCGGUAUGUUAACAAAGGUCCGUUAUUUGUUGACGUGCAUAUGCAUAGACCUACUGUGGCAACGCGUUCCUUCAUGGAUUCUCUUCUCGCUUUUUGGCCUGGCCUUCAGGUUCUAAAAGGCGAUGUCAAACGGGCUAUUGAAAUGCACGAGAUGUUAUUUCAGGUUGUGCAGAAGCACAAGUUUCUGCCAGAAGCGUUUACCCACGACUUCCAAGUGCAUUGGGCCGAGCACCCUAUCCGUCCAGAGUUCAUAGAAAGCACGUAUUUCCUUUAUCGUGCGACAAAGGAUCCCCAUUAUCUGCUAGUCGCUAAACAGGUUAUGGAGAGUAUAAACGAGUACGUUCGAGUGCCUUGCGGCUUUGCCGGUGUGAAAGAUGUGCGAACAAUGUCACACGAAGAUCGGAUGGAUUCUUUUGUGCUUUCGGAAACAUUCAAGUAUUUAUUUAUGAUUUUUGCCGAACCCUCCGACUUGAUUUUCGAUCCGGAUAAUUACGUGUUAACAACUGAAGCACAUUUCCUUCCGUUAAUAAUGAUUGGUACGUUUGAGAUUCCUCGUCGUAUAGUUAUCCGCCCUGAUGAUGUUUCGUUGACGUCAAAACUGUACUACGCAUAUGCGAAUCCUGUUGGAGUAAACCAACAACCAACCGAAGCUGAUGAGGCUAUGCAAAUACGAGAAAGAACUCAAGAUGUUCUUGAAGAAUUAUUUGAUAUGCAGAGGCAGCAAGAAUCUCAUCAGUCAUCCCACUGUAUUAAACCAUCGGAACGUCUGAGAGCUUGGGCUUUUUCUGCCAGCAAUAGUGAUCAUAUCAAACAGUUGAAACAAAUGGGAAUCGAUGUACAAGUACAUGGAGAUGGCCGCAUGCAUUUGAGUCAUCACACUGCUAAUGUAAGUUAUUUUUAA